CUCAACUAUUUGUAACAAGUGGUUUCCAAUUGAUCGGUUCACCAUGAAAGUGCAAUUCCUAGUAAUUGUGUUCGCCAUCACCGUUUGCCGAAAGGCAAAAGUUUGCGAGGCCGUGGUCACCGUUACCUUCGAGGGCGAGUUCAAGUCCUGCGACAACGGGAUGGAGCUGUUCGGCUGGGACAUGUCCAAGCUGGACAUUCUGAUGAUGGACAACGAAAAUAUCACGCUGAACGGAAAGUUGGAGUACACUGCGGAGUACAAGAGUCCGAUGACCGUUAAGAUAUCCCUGAUGCGACUGCUCGACAAGGAGGGCGAUUCUUGGAAGGAGGAAGCGAGCAGAUCGUUUCCCAACUUUUGUGACGUGAUUGGCAAAGAGGACGAAAUGUGGACCAACGUGGUGGCCCUCAUGGAGAAGAAAACUUGUCCUUUUGCCAAGGGGCACACGGAAACGUUCGAUAACGCCAACGUUGGAAAUGUGGCGGAAACAUUGAAGGUUCCAACCGAUAUGCUCGGAUCUUGGAAGGCAGUGAUCGAGGUUGGAUCCGAACGGGACGGAGUUAACGUCAAUGAGUGCACCAUGGCACCGUUUUUGCUGGAAGAUGUUUGAAUAAUGAUGCUUGAAAUGAACUGUAAUUUGAAACUACAUAACAUUGACUAAAUAAAUUGUUCUGAGGCGAAGGGUCGCCUCUGACAGAGAA